CCCCCUCCGCCCCCCUGCGGGCUCUGCCACGCUCUCUGCUGGCGCUUAAGCUUUGGCACAGCACACCAGACAGGCUGCGAACCACGACAUGCUGUCUGCUGUACACGGCUUUGAUGAUUCUCUCCGCCAGCUCUCGUGAGGGUUUGACCAAGCUGAUCACCCUCAGAGAUCAACAAGAACUGUCGACGAGCCGGCUCGGGGACAUCAAGAAGCACCUUCUAAACAACGAGCCUCUGUCUCACGAUUUCUGAAAAGGCAUUGAAGAGCUGCGGAGUUUGAGGUCCUCCGAUGUCCUUACUUUGGAGGAGCAUGUGCAGCAUCUCAACGAACAUGUGGCGUCCCACCUCAAGAAACAGACCACGGUGCCAACCCCUCCUGAAUCGGCUGCUGGUUCAAGCACACAGCAGUUCGUAGGGCAGAAGCGAAAGGCAUCAUCGUCUUCAACAGCGCGAUGAUGAGAGCGACGACGAUGGCACAGCAUGACAGCGAUAAGGACCCGCUGACCCAGCUCGACGACGAUGACGAAUUGUCGCCUGAGGAAGAAACGCUGAAGAUGGACAUCCCGGACGGGUUUCGACUCCAGGCGUCUCCGCCACCGGCCCUCGAUCAGUCGAUAGUGAAGCGUGGGGUUCUCGUAAAACUCGGGUUGGGUUGGUUCGGAGGGGUACUUAGUCGCAGAUCUCACCCCGCUUCGCGGCAGGAGUACGACUACCGCGUCAUCCUGCACUGACGAAAGCACGCGUAGCAUGAAAAUGCCGUUGGAGUCGUACAGCACGGAUGAAGACGCCGCAAUUGGGGCGUAGGUUCUCAUAGAGGUAGACCCAAAGGAAGGGAGCGGGAGGCGCAAAAGGGUGACAACCCCCGAUGUUCGCCUCAGAGCUUGCAACAUAAUCACGGGGUAGUUUUCGUUGUUGGCACGUCAGCUUGCGGGUGAGGCAUCAUGCGGUGUUUAUGCAUUUGUUCAGUUUCAGCCCUCACUCAUGAGGGGUGUACAGGACCUUGUAGCGAUAGCGAGACGUUGCCGCUGGAUACAUUUCGCUUCUAGGGAAUGGCCUUACGUGCAGCCGUCGGUGGUGAGAAUCGGGGUUGAGUACGGGGGUCGAGGAAAGCACUGCAAAUCAUUUGUAUACUUAGAACGUUGUGUAUGUAGCAUGCGAACAGAGAAAUAAGAAAUUGCCGAUUUAAGGAGUUCAGCAGGAUUUGGCUGCACGAAAAAUUAAGAAACUUGGAAUAUGAAACUGAACGACAUACGCUGAGUUUAUAGCCCACAAUAAGAAUUCGAGGCUGGACCUGAAAUAAGCGCUCCUUAGCUGCGGGCGCCAACUGUA